AUGGUGUGGGUGAGAGACGGUGUGAGUGAGAGGUGGUGUGGCCUCAUCUCUACCCUCAUCUCUACUCUCAUCUAUACCCUCAUCUCUACUCUCAUCCAUAUCUUCAUCUAUACCCUCAUCUAUACCCUCAUCUAUACCCUCAUCUAUACCCUCAUCUAUACCUUCAUCUAUACCUUCAUCUAUACCUUCAUCUAUACCUUCAUCUAUACCCUCAUCUAUACCCUCAUCUCUACCCUCAUCUAUACCCUCAUCUAUACCCUGUUCUAUACCUUCAUCUAUACCCUCAUCUAUACCCUCAUCUAUACCCUCAUCUAUACCUUCAUCUAUACCCUCAUCUAUACCUUCAUCUCUACUCUCAUCUAUACCCUCAUCUAUACCUUCAUCUCUACUCUCAUCUAUACCCUCAUCUAUACCUUCAUCUCUACUCUCAUCUAUACCCUCAUCUAUACCUUCAUCUCUACUCUCAUCUAUACCCUCAUCUCUACUCUCAUCCAUAGCCUCAUCUAUACCCUCAUCUAUACCCUCAUCUAUACCCUCAUCUAUACCUUCAUCUAUACCUUCAUCUAUACCCUCAUCUAUACCCUCAUCUAUACCCUCAUCUCUACCCUCAUCUAUACCCUCAUCUAUACCUUAAUCUCUACCCUCAUCUAUACCCUCAUCUAUGCCUUCAUCUAUACCUUCAUCUAUACCCUCAUCUAUACCUUCAUCUCUACUCUCAUCUAUACCUUCAUCUCUACUCUCAUCUCUACUCUCAUCUAUACCCUCAUCUCUACUCUCAUCCAUAGCCUCAUCUAUACCCUCAUCUAUACCUUCAUCUCUACUCUCAUCUAUACCCUCAUCUCUACUCUCAUCCAUAGCCUCAUCUAUACCCUCAUCUAUACCUUCAUCUAUACCUUCAUCUCUACUCUCAUCUAUACCUUCAUCUAUACCUUCAUCUCUACUCUCAUCUAUACCCUGUUCUAUACCCUCAUCUAUACCCUGUUCUAUACCUUCAUCCAUACCCUCAUCUAUACCCUCAUCUAUACCUUCAUCUAUACCCUCAUCUAUACCCUGUUCUAUACCUUCAUCCAUACCCUCAUCUAUACCCUCAUCUAUACCUUCAUCUAUACCCUCAUCUAUACCCUCAUCUAUGCCCUCAUCUAUACCCUCAUCUAUACCCUCAUCUAUACCCUCAUCUAUACCCACAGCUAUACCCUCAUCUAUACCCUCAUCUAUACCCUCAUCUAUACCUUCAUCUAUACCCUCAUCUAUACCCUCAUCUAUACCCUCAUCUAUACCCUCAUCUAUACCUUCAUCUAUACCCUCAUCUAUACCCUCAUCUAUUCCUUCAUCUAUACCCUCAUCUACACCCUUCGUCUAUACCCUCAUCUAUACCUUCAUCUAUAA